CAGUGGGUUACGUGGGCAGCCGCACGAUCCGAGCAGCGUCCGCAGCACACUUCCAGGCCAGCUUCAGUGUGCGUCGUCAUCACUGGGUAACUGGUUGAUCGCCCCCUGCGCAAAUAAGACUUUCAAAGUCCGCGCCUAUUCUUCAUCACUGUUUUGCUUGCUUGUCUGCUUUUACCGUCGCUUUAUUUAUCCCUCCCUUCCUCAGACCCUCCUCGUCGUUACGCACUCAGCACCCUGCUACGUAUAGUCCGGGUCAACCAGUUCCGACUGCGACUCGCUGUGCGUCAGAUCUCCAGAAGCCACUGCAUCAGCCGGCGUCCGACACAUAUAGAUAGCCCGUCAAUCGCUUUUCCCAUACACAGGCGCCGUAAUGAAGUAUUCAACAUUUCUCGCCGCACAGUUGGUGUCGUCGGCGGCUGCAUGGAAGCUUGCACCACGAGAGAACCCAAGAGUAGUAGGCCUCGACAUCCAGCGCCGAAAUGUCGUCAACCCCGUAGGCCACGAUCAGCUGCGUAGGAGGCAGAAGACCGUCCAGCAGACGCUCGACAACCUGGAAACACUUUACUUUGCGAACGCAACACUAGGAACACCAGAACAGACCUUCCGCCUACACAUCGACACAGGUAGCAGUGAUCUGUGGGUCAACGCCGCCAACUCCGCACUAUGCACAGAGCGCGGCAACCAGUGUGGCGAUUCAGGGACGUACAGUGCCAAUGAGUCCUCGACAUACCAGUUUGUCAACAAUGCGUUUAACAUCUCCUACGUGGACGGCUCUGGCGCAUCCGGCGACUACGCGACAGACACCUUCCGCUUCGGCGGCCAGACAAUCACAGACAUGCAGUUCGGUAUUGGAUACACCUCGAGUUCACCAGAGGGUAUCUUGGGUAUUGGGUACACAAUCAACGAGGUACAGGUUAACCGCUUCGGAUUGGACGCAUACCCCAACCUGCCACAGAAGCUGAAGGAUGAUGGCACGAUCAGCAGCGUCGCGUACUCCCUCUGGCUGAACGAUCUCGAUGCCUCGACCGGCAGCAUCCUCUUUGGUGGUGUCGACACAGACAAGUUCACUGGCCAGCUUAGCACUCUGCCUAUCAUCCAGGAGUCCGGUGUCUACGCAGAGUUUAUCAUCGCCCUGACAGACAUGGGCAUCGGCAGCAACAAGACCUCGCUCUUCUCCAACUCCAAUGUGGCCGUUCUCCUCGACUCCGGUUCCUCGCUCAUGUACCUCCCCGACGCAGUCGCCACAGCAUUGUACACGCAGUUCAACGCACGCUACGACUCGAGACAAGGCGCUGCCUUUGUCGACUGCGACCUCGCCAACCAGGAGGGCUCGCUCGAGUUCGGCUUCAGCGGCGUCACCAUCUCUGUCCCUUACAACGAGCUCGUGAUUACCGCUGCCAUUAGCCGAGGCCAGCCAGUGUGUAUUCUAGGCAUUGGCCCAGCCGGCGAUAGCGUCUCGGUCCUCGGCGACACCUUCCUGCGCUCCGCCUACGUCGUCUACGACCUGAGCAACAACCAGGUCUCGCUCGCCCAGACAAACUUCAACGCCACCAGCUCCAACGUCCAGGAGAUCCAGGCUGGCUCCGACGGUGUUCCUGGCGCCAGUGUCGUCGCAAACGCUGUCUCGACAGCUGCCGUCGGCACCGGCGGACCUCGCGUCAACAGUCCCACCGUCACCGGCACACUCACAUCGACGGCCGGCGGGUACCCCAUGAUGACGGCAAGCCCGUGGCUGGCUGCUGGUGUUGCCGGCGUUGGUGCUGGUCUCCUGGGGUUCAACGGCUUCUGAAUAACCGACACGUGUAACGAGUUUCCUAUUUCUACUUGUCCGAACGUCUAUUAGCUAUGCAUCGGCGGCGUUUUCAGCAUGGUGCUGCAUAUGACGGAUCCAGGGUGUUCAUCCACGGGUG